GCUCACUGUAACGGUUCGCUUACGAGAUCCCAUGGAUCCCUCCCAUUCUUUCUUUUGACUUCAUCUCACUUGUUCUUCCUUUGUGACAGAAACAACAAACGAGAUGAGGCUAUUCGGAAGAUUUGUUGACUGUAUUGCCAUUUUGUUUUAUUUGCAGCCGCCUUAACGCACAGGAGAUUAUGGACCGCAUCAACGACGACGUAGCGGGGGCGGCGCAAAAGUUGGAAUGGUUUGGGAUUGAAGAAUCUUAUCGCGACCCCGCAUUGUCACGAUCACGAUCAGCAUCACCAGCGACGCCAACAUCGCGACGAGAUACCGACGAAAAACCACCAGUUUGCCCCUCCUGCCUCAGCCUCGAAUACGCCCUCUUCCGCCCCUUCGAUUCGCACCCACCAAUCCUCAACUCCUACUCCCUUUCCCCCUCCCAUGACCAUUCCCCUUCCAGUGUACCUACCACCCUCCCACCCCGCUACCUUUUAAUCGAAUACCACGACCUCCUCCAAACCUCUUCCCCUUCCCCUCCCCCCGACGGCUCCCCCAACGACUCCAGCCCAAGCCCAAGCUGCACCUACUGCCCCCUCCUCCUCAAAGCCAUCACCUUAUUCUGGGACGACGAUCCGAGCUCUUAUUAUCUUUCUAAGGCGCCGGUGGCGGAUGCGAGGAGUUUUAGAAGGAUUUUAUGUUUGACUCAGCAGCCUGCUGUUACUUCUAGUUCUGAUGAGAGGGAAGGAGUAGGGGGAACAGGAGGGGGAGGUGGAACGCUAUGCCUCUUCAAAGCGCUACUAUACGAUGAUUACCCCGAUGCGACGUUCCCUCAUGCGUUGACGGUACGGGACUCGACGAGUAGGAUUGAGUUUUAUCACUAUCCUUGGGACCUGGUCAACCUGAAGAGGGCAGAAGAGGAGGGGAAAGGGGAGACACGGGAGGGGGAGGGAAACAAAUUGCUGGAGAAGGAGGGAAGUGAAGGGACGGAUGUGGGAACUAGCAUUGCUGCUGAACAGCCGGAAGAGUCUGAAGAGCCAGAAAAAAUAGGGGAGGGCAAGGAGGAGAACAGGAAGGCGGAUGUGGAAGGGGAAGAUAGGAAAGAAAAAGGUGGAAAGGGGCGUGAUGAUGGGAGAAAGGAAGCGGAACAACACUGGAAGUCCCUACCACAUCCAGCAAUAGGCACAGCUAACCACGUCCCCUACGCCAUCACCCUCGACCGCGUCGUCCGCCUCGCCACCCGCUGGCUUUCCCAAUGCGACUCCUCGCACCCCAAGUGCGCACCAGAGCCUCACCAGCUUCCAAGAAGGCUGCUAGACCUCCGCAGCGGCGUGAAGCUCAUCGACACCACCACCGACCCCAACCUCAACCAAUCCUCCUCCCCUCCCGGGCCACCCCAGUACAUGACCCUCUCCCACUGCUGGGGCCUUAUCCACCCCCUGCUCACCACAACCACCACCACCCUCGAUUUCCACCUCUCGCAAAUCCACUGGUCCUCCCUCCCCCUCUUAUUCCGGGACGUCAUCCUCUUAGUCCGCGAGUUAGGCUGCCGAUACCUCUGGAUCGACUCACUCUGCAUCCUCCAAGAUUCCGAAUCAGACUGGCUCACGGAAAGCGCAAACAUGUCCUCCAUCUACGCGCACGCUACUUUAAACAUAGCUGCUACCGCGCAGCGGGACGCGUCAGUGGAGUACUUCCGGACGUUGAAGGAGCCGAUUUUGAGUCGGGCGUGGGUGUUUCAGGAACGGUUGCUGAGUAGGAGGACGCUGCAUUUUGGGAGUAGCGAGGUGUUGUGGGAGUGUAGGAGCGGGUGUUUUUGUGAGUGUGGGGGGAUUGAGAGGGGACAUGUGUUGAGCGUGAGGAAUUUGAACAAUAAUGCUGCUGCUAGUUGGCGGGCGCCGGGGACGGGGAGUGGGAGGGGAGGUGGUGAUGUUGAGUCUUCGGGGCUGUUAAGUCCGCCGUUGCCGCUGUCGAGGUCGUCGUCUUUUGAGACGGGGUCGUCGUUGACUUGUGGGACAAUACCGAAGAAGGUGUUGUUUGCUAAUCUCACUUCUGGCUCACCGGAGACGAUGAAGGACAGCCGGCUGCUGCACGACUUCUUCCUCCGUUGCGUGGAGGAGUACUCCUUUCUUUCCUUGACCAAGGAACUCGACCGGUCUUUUGCUUUAGCCGGCAUUGCCAAACGAAUUCGCUCCCUCCUCUCCCCUUCUGAUGGGUACCUCGCCGGUCUAUGGCUCGGCGACUUGCCGAGAGCGCUGCUAUGGCAACCCUACCGACACAAAAAGGUGCUUCGAGCGGGGGAUAAUAUCCCCACUUGGAGCUGGAUGUCACGGUCAUGCUAUCCGGUGGAGAACCUAUCGGGUUAUGGGAAGGGGAGGGGGAAUCCAACGGCGAGCAAGUGCAGUGUCAGGUACAAGCACAUGACGCGGUCGGGGUACGAGUUUGAGGUUGAUGACCGACUGGAGGUGGAUCCUGAAAAGACAUGGUGUGAAUAUGAAGGAGACAACGAGUUUGGAAAGUUGAAGGGCGGGCAGGUUACGCUGAGAGCGGCGCAUAGGUGGGGAGUGGUGUGGACAACAGACACGAAGAGGAGUAGCGGCAAUGAGUGGACAGGGAGGAAUAACUUGGUGGUUGCUAUUGGGGAAGGCGUGUUGAUACCCAUGGCGCCGGAUUGUCCGAGGCAAGAAGACCCGAAGAGUGUGGCGCUUUUGGAAAAAGUGUUGGUGGUGUUGUUCGGUGGAAGGAAGCUGGACAAGGAAGCCGGAGGGGACGCGGAUGGGCCGCAGUUCUUUUUGGCGUUGAAGGAAGUGGAAGAGAGGGAAGGCGUGUUUCAGCGGAUUGGCUUCUUGGAGUCGGAGUGGAGGAUUGACCUCUUUGAGAAUGCCGAGAUGCCGCCCCGCAACAGCACCAUGCAACCCCGGGCCGAUGCACUAGUCUGGCUCGUCACCGGCUGCUCCUCCGGCUUUGGCCUCGAGUUUGUCCUCCAGAUCAUCGCCCGCGGCGACUAUGUCAUCGCUACCGCCCGCGACCUCUCCAAGCAUGGUGUUAUGCAACUCUCCUUUGAUGAUGUACCACUCCUCCAGCUCGAUGUCACCGCUUCCCAGGAGUCCCUGAACGAGAAGAUUGCAGAAGCCAUCAAGAUUUACGGAAGAAUCGACGUCCUGGUGAACAACGCUGGCUAUGUAGCGCUGGGCGGUUGGGAAGACCUGGGUUAUGACGGCUUCGUCAAGCAAUUCGAGACCAACGUCUUCGGCCUGUUAAAGGUCACCAACGCGGUCCUUCCGCAAAUGCGAGAGCGCCGGAGCGGAACGCUAGUGUUUAUGAGUUCGCUUUCGGGGUGGAAGGGAGACGAGUUCUGUGGAGCGUAUGCGGCGUCCAAGUUUGCUGUUGAGGGAAUGGUCGAAGCACUCCACGAAGAAGUCAAACCACUCGGCAUCCGUACCCUUCUAUUCGAGCCAGGAAAGUUACGAACCAAGUUGCUGUCACCCGGUAACGUGCUCGGCAACGUGUCCCAGAUUGACGAUUACAAGGAAGAGUCGGCAAGAGUACUGCGUGCCUUUGCCAAUGUGGACUCGAAGCAGAGGGGUGACCCGGCAAAGGCUGUCAGGAUUAUCAUGGAUGUCGUCCGUAAUCAGACGAUCCACCCAUUGACUGAGGAGGAGUAUCCUGUGACGUUCUCUCCAUGGGGCAGUGAGUGUGAUGAGGGGGAUGGGCGUGUGAAGUUCAGAUUGCCGUUGGGAGAGGAUGCGUAUUGGACGAUGAAGAUAAAGUGCGAGGAGACGUUGCAGAUGUUGAGUGCGUGGGAACGUGUGAUCGCGAGUACCGAUAAUAUGAGUACGAUGUUAUGAUGGCUUCAACAGGUGAGAGGAGUGAGUAAAUCACUGCCUAGGGUUGUUUCCCGGAGUCGGGUUUCCCGUCCCCCGUCGUUGGAAUUCAGGCGGCGCCAUGGUUUUUUUUUGUAAAUAGUUCUUAUUGGGCGCCUGUCCUGUUUCGGUUUCCGAAUGUCUCGCUCUGGGCAGUGGGCGCCCCAACUCGGAUGGCCAGCUGAAAGCAGCUGAGGCGCCAGAAUAUGUGGAACAGUGGGCGCUGACUGAGGAUUCUGUACGUCAGAUUCAGAUUAGCAGACUGGAAGACAACCAGCCACUUAAAUGUUAUACACACCGC